UGAUAGUGUUCGGCUGGAAUGAUAUAAAAAUUCUUGAAAACUUGUGUUCUUAUCUUUCAAAGGUGCUUGACACGUGGCAAAAAGAAAAUUAGAUAUCUCAACGUUUAUAAUUUGAGUCAUCAUUAAAUAGGAAUAUUAAAUAGAAAGAAAGCAGAUAUAGUUAAAAUUAAUAGACAGUGAAGAGGGAGCAGUGAAACGCGUGAUAACGUCACUGCGCCACGAUUACUGCCACGAUGGCCGAGGAGGCAGAGACAAACGAUAAAGCAACGAUGGAAACUAUAGCUCAGAAUAUUCUUGAGGUCAGUAGUGGAGGCGGGUCCACGACAAACGAUGUAAGUACGCUUGAAUUUCAAGCUUCUCAAGUAAUUUCUCGUCUUGAGGAAGCCGUUGAAAGGGCUGCCGAUGGUGGUGGUUCAACUUGGAACAAUACCUCCGGUUUUCUUUCCCGUCCUAAAAGUCUCGAAGAAAUAUUAAGUUUGAUACAGGAUUUGAUUAUCCACGAAGAUGCACCGCAAACAAAUGAAGAUGAUACAGGAGAACAAGCAAAUAGUCAAAUUACUAAUUUACCUACUUUAACAGAAACAGCAAAAUUGGCUUUAAUAGCGCAUACUAUCUCUGCAUAUGCAGUUGCACUUCCAAGAUCUCAUGCUCAAAGAUUAGCUGGUCGUUUAGCAGCAGACACAACAAGAUGGCUUAGUCAUAUUUUUCGAUUUAUGGACUGUGCUUCUUCGUUUCAUGAAGAUCACUUAGAAGGAUUGGUUAGAGUAACUAGACUAGCUCUACAUCGUAAAUAUCCAAGAUAUAUGGAAGAAGGAUUUACAACACUUGCUUCAUCUUCACCUCUUAUUUAUAGUUCAGUAGCUGCCCCUUUAGCUGUUGUUCAACAUUUAUGUAGACAGCUUUCUUUACCACUUCAUUGUAUAAGACCCAUUCCUCAUAACACUAUGUUUGGGUCACGUUAUAGUAUGGAUGUUGCUGCAUUAGAACGACGUUUAGCAGAAGAUACACAAUCUAAUAAUGUAACACCGCUAUUAGUUUUGGCAGAAGCAGGAUCUGUAUUAACAGGACAUUGUGAUAAUAUUGUACGAUUACGCGCAAUUUGUGAUAAAUAUAAUGUUUGGCUUCAUUUGAGAGGUCAUUCCUUAGCAGCAUUAACGUUGAAUAAUUCUACAAGAGAUCUGCCUUCAAAGAUUGCAGAUAGUAUUACUUUACCAUUAGGUGUAUGGCUUGGUAUACCAUCAUUACCAGUUGUUACAUUAUAUAGAUUAACAGAUACAAAAGGUGGAAGACCCACUACACGAGACACAACAUUAUCCCUUAUGUCUGGCUUAAUGGCAGAUUCAUUGUCAAGAAAAUUACCAACAUUACCUUUGUGGUGUACUUUACAAGCUUUAGGUAGAGAUGGUGUACAGAAUAGGUUUAAACAAUGUUUUUUAGCAAUUGAAGAAUUGUAUAAUAAAAUUAAGAAAUUCAGCUGUAUCAGUUUAUUGAGUCAAAUACCUGGUAGUGAAUCAGGAACAUAUACAAUAAAUGAUCUUCUGACGAAUCCUGUUAGCAGUUCACAAAUAUUUGAAGUUGUUUCAAGUGCAUUAGUCUUUCAGUUUGUACCAGCAGAUCGUGAUCCUCAGACAAUAGAACGUGUACCUCCUUAUUACGAUAAAUUAAAUUCUUGGUUGGGACAAAUCUUACAAAGGGACAUAGAAAAUGUACAAAUAGAACUUUGUGAAAUUGAACAUCACGGUGUAGCUAUUCGUAUUUGUCCUUUGGAAAGUCCUGAACAGCCACCGACUUCUGAAGAUAUAGAUAAUGUAGUUGCAUGUUUGGAGCAACAAAUAGAAAUCUUAUUGGCUACUGUAGAACAUAAAGACACUUUCGUCCGUUUGGUUUCUGAAAAUGAUUCACUACACUUGGUAGAAAUGCCAGGUUGGGCAGGAUUGGGUGGUGUUAGAUAUGCUCCUCCAACUUGGAUCCAUGUAAUGACAGAUCAAGCUAAAGAGGAAUUAAAUAAAUUAAAUACACAAUUGGUAGAAGCUUUACGUAGUACAGAUGCUGCUUUUUCUCUUGGUGAAGGAGCAGAUGGAUUAGCUUGUGUGCGAUUUGGCAUGGUUACACAAGAUACAGAUGUGGCAGAAUUAUUGUCUUUGGUCCUUCAAGUAGGACAAGAGGUGGAAGCUAGUUCUAAAUUAUUGGAUACUAUAUCAGAAGUGGUUAAAAGGGGUAUUGAAGCAGCACAAACAGAUUUAGAAAAAGAAAAUGCUGAAAAACUUUGGCAAGAGGGAAUUUUAAGGCAUGUGCCUGUAGUAGGAACAUUAGUCAAUUGGUGGAGUCCUCCUUCCAAAGAAACUGGAGUGCGUGGACGUAGCUUAAAUUUACAAGCUGGAGUUGUUGAGAGCACAGAAAAUAUUUAUAAAUAUCAUAUGCAAUUACAACCAAAUGCAACCAAUAGCAAUGGUUCUGGAGCAAGAACACCACCUCAACCACUUGUAAAAACACCUGUUGGUGCUGGAAGCCAAAGUCAUAGUCGAUCAUCCAGUCAUUCCAGUCUUCAAAGUGGUAAAAGUAUUCCGGUUAUAACGAAUACUAUUUGUCAUCCUCAAGUUAAAGAAGAAUCUAGUGAAGUUAAAUCGUAGUAAAUAUUAAACACAUUACACACACACACACACAUUAUGAAUAUAAACAAAUGAGAUUUCUUUCUUCAAAUAAUA